AUGAAUGAAGAAGAUGUAAUGGAGGUGGAUGACCAGAACUGGGAGGUAAACGAAAAAAUCAUUGAGACAGAUGAAGAAGCAGAGGACGAAAUGAGACAGAUUCUGGAUGAAGCGAUUGCAAGUCGCAUUCGAAUGGUUUAUACAGAUAAUGCUGAAGCAUCUAAAGAAAUGGAAGUGCAAGAAAUGAAAAGUAGUGAAAAUUAUGAAGAAACAGGCAUAAAAUUAUUUAGUAACAGCACACGUCGCAUCUUCGGUAGUGAAAGUGAAGAACAAGAAGAAGGACCAGCAAUGAAACGAAGGAAGCAAGAGUGUGCACACUCAAUAAAUGAUGAACGUGCGAAAAUACAAGAUAUGGUUGUUGACUCUGGCUUUAUUCAGGGAUUUAAAUGA